UAUGAAGUUAAUGGUAACACCAAAGUUGAGUUCACUAAGAAAUGUAGUGACAAUGACUUGGCUUCAGAUAAGAAAUCAUCAAAAGAAAUGUCUUUUAGUGAAUGGAAAGACAAAAGAAGAGAACUGUUUGAAGAAAAGUUAAAAACAGAAGAGAAUUCACUCGAGAGUUGUAAACAAACUUUGAGUUUGAUUUUAGAAAGUGAAAGAAUUGGUAUAAAAACUGGUCGGGAAUUAGUCCGACAAAGAGAGACAUUAAACAAAGUUGAAGAUAAACUCGUUUCAAUUGAUGCCGAUCUCAAUCAAAGUCAAAAACAUCUUAAAUCAAUGAAAAGUUUUUUUAGUGGAUUUAAAAGUGUUUUCUCUUCUAAGAAAUCAAAUAAUAAAUCUGAAACUAUUGUGUCUUAUAAAAGUGAUUUAUUUGAAGCAAAGAGUUGUAUUGAGUCUAAAUCCAUUGAUGUCACGGAUGUAACCGAUGGUAUACCAAAUGAUAAUAUAUCUGAUGAUAAUAAUUACAAUGAAAAUGAAUGGACAUUUGUUGACAUCCAAAACAAAAGUGAAACCAUUAAAUAUUGGCAUAAAUCCAAUGAAAUGAAUGAUAAAAUUGAAGAAAAUUUAAAUGAAAUUGAUUUCGGACUCCAAAGACUCAAAGAAUUAUCACUAGAUUUGGGCAAUGAAUUGGAUGUUCAGAAUCAGCUCAUCGACAGAAUCACUAAACAAACUGAAAGAACUGAACUCAGAAUUCAACAGCAAAGCCAACAAAUGAGAAAAAUUUUGAAAAAAUGA